GAUAAUUUCCCUGCAGGGAACCCAGAGCGACUUCAAGAUCUCAAGUCCACCGUUGAUCUGCUGACUAGCAUCACCUUCUUCAGGAUGAAGGUACAGGAGCUCCAGAGUCCACCGAGAGCCAGUAUGGUGGUGAAAGACUGUGUGAAAGCAUGCCUGGACUCCACAUACAAAUACAUUUUUGAUAACUGUCACGAACUCUACAAUCAACUCCUCGACCAGAGUCGGAAGCAGGAGAUUCCCCGUGAGGAACAAGGUCCAUCAAUAAAGAACCUGGACUUCUGGCCAAAACUCAUCACUCUCAUGGUGUCUGUAAUCGAUGAGGACCGGACAGCUUACACCCCAGUCAUAAACCAGUUUCCACAGGAGAUGAACGUCGGGAAGAUCAGCGCUGAGAUCACAUGGACCCUCUUUGCUCAAGAUAUGAAGUAUGCGAUGGAAGAGCAUGAAAAGCAGCGUCUAUGCAAAAGUACAGAAUACAUGAAUCUUCACUUCAAAGUGAAAUGGUUCCAUAAUGAGUAUGUCCGUGAUCUGCCGGCCUUCAAGGAUGUUCCCCCGGAGUAUUCGCUUUGGUUCGAGCCAUUUGUCAUUCAGUGGCUUGAUGAGAACGAGGACGUUGCAAUGGAUUUCCUGAACGGAGCUUUGGGAAGGGACAAGAAAGAUGGAUUUCAGCAAACCUCAGAGCACGCCCUCUUUUCUUGCUCGGUGGUGGAUGUGUUCACUCAGCUGAACCAGAGUUUUGAGAUUAUCAAAAAGCUAGAGUGUCCAAACCCACAGGCUCUGGCUCACUUCAUGUGCCGCUUUGCAAAGACUAUCAACAAAGUUCUCCUGCAGUAUGCAGCAAUUAUAUCCAAGGACUUUCCAUUGUAUUUGAGUAAGGAGAAUGUGCCCUGCAUCCUCCUCAACAAUAUCCAGCAGCUCCGUGUCCAGCUGGAGAAGAUGUUUGAGUCCAUGGGAGGCAAACAGGAGGAGGGGGUUGUGUCCUUCUGUAAGCUGGAUGCAGAGGCCAGUGAUCUGCUGAAGGAGCUGCAGAAUAAACUCAACACCGUGCUCGAUGAGCUCAGUGGAGUGUUUGGCUCCAGUUUCAAACCUGUGAUCGAGGACUGUGUGAAGCAGAUGAAUCAGGAACUGGUCCAGAUGAAAGGGCCAGCCAAAGGGAGCAACGCUGCCAUGGAUGCAGAGAGUGUCCUUCGUCCUCUCAUGGACCUUCUGGAUAAAAAUUUGAUGUUAUUUGCCAAGAUUUGUGAGAAGACCGUGCUGAAACGAGUCCUCAAAGAGCUUUGGAAAAUCGUGCUGAACACCAUUGAGAGAACGAUUGUUCUCCCUCCGCUCAGUGACCAGAAUCAAGGAGCUCAGAUGAUCUUCAGUGCCGCCAAGGACCUUGGACAGCUGUCCAAACUGAAGGAGCAUGUAAUUCGAGAGGAAGCCAGAAGUCUGACUCCACGCCAAUGUGCAGCCAUGGACCUUGUGCUUCCCACCAUCAAGCAAUACUUCCAUGCUGGAGGAAAUGGGCUGAAGAAAACCUUCCUGGAAAAGAGCCCCGAUAUGAAGUCCCUCAAAUAUGCGCUCAGCCUUUACACUCAACCUACAGAUGCCUUGAUCAAGAAAUAUAUAUGCACCCAAACCUCUCAAGGUCAGUCAUCUAACGGAUCAGUGGGGGAGGUGUCGAUGGAAGUGAAUCUCAUCUCUCAUCCUGGCACUGGAGAGCACAAAGUCAGCGUGAAGGUGGUUGGAGUGAACAAUCUCAUCUGGCAGACCAACGCCAUGUUCCGUCCGUUUGUGGAGGUCAACGCGGUGGGACCACACCUGGCCGACAAGAAGCGCAAAUUCAGCACCAAGACCAAGAAUAACAAUUGGUCACCAAAGUACAACGAAACAUUCCAGUAUGUUCUGAGUAAUGAGCAUGGUCCGGAGGCCUACGAGAUCCAUGUUUCAGUGAAGGACUACUGCUUUGCACGCGAGGACCGCAUCAUCGGCAUGACGGUCAUCCAGCUCAGAGAGCUGGCAGACAAGGGCAGCUGCUCCGCCAGCUACCCACUGGUGAAAAGCAUCUGCAUGGACGAAACGGGCAUCACCAUCAUGAGGAUACUCUGUCAAAGGACCAAUGACGAGGUGGCCAAAGAGUUUGUGCGUCUCAAGACAGACACGCGCUCGACGGAGGAAGUGUCGUAGUGCGCGGGCCGAUAUGCAGUGCUAAAAAAAAAAAAGAACGAAAAAGAGUCGUAUUGUCUUAAGUGAGCGAUAGAUAGAAAAAGAAGGUGAAAGAGCAGUAGCAACAGUUGUAGAGGCUGGAAACCGAUGGAGGGAGAGAGGGAGAGAGAGAUUGUCGUCCAAAGAGAAGCAGAGCAGGCCCAGAUGUGGCAAAGCAGAGAGAGAAGUGUUUGUUUGUUUGUUUUUGUGCAUGUGUGUAAAACAUCUGUUGGAAUGUUCAUUUUAAAACUACAGUAUGUACAAGUGUUUACUUAUCGUAUGCUUACUAUUAAGUACUAUAUUCUACGAGUUAUGUUAACAGGACAUGAAAAACCUUUUGUACAACAUUUAGUCUUUUUGAACAGAGAUUUGUUCCAAUAAAGUGCCAAACCAGUGGAAAAAAGAACAAAAAGUAUAUGAAUUAUGGUGAACUUAGUAUGUUUGAAAUUUGCUCAGUUAAGUUGUCUGUGCUAAGUCAUUUUUGGACCGUGUGGCAUUUCGAUUGUUGCAGAGUUUUUUCGGUUUGCACCCCUCGUUUCUUGGCUUCGUGUUCUUCCACACAGCACCGUUGUGCAUGUUCUCUUCUCGGUCAUAUGUCUCUUCCAUGAUUCCACACAGUGACCAACGAGCAGGCUCCUGUCCCCCUUGCCUUCAGACUGUUUGUAUUUUAAGUCCACCUGAAAAUAGACCAUGUUUUUUUAAAUGGCGAUGACUGCUAUGUAGACCUUCAUAGGUGUUUGUAAUUUUAUAACCAUGACAACAACAACAAUGACGCGACAGCCUCCAGUGCUAACAGUCUUAGGAGAAAGGAUGGAAACGUUUUUGUUCUUUGAUUUGGGCCAUCGGCUUCCAGCCUUUCUGAAUGACCACUGUGAACAUGAGCUUUGGAAGGCAAGCUUACAUGACAUUGCUGACAGUUUGAUAUUGUUUCAUAUUUUUCCGAUAACUUUGUUCCCGAUAAAUUGCCAAAGUUAUUUAAAAUAUUUGUACAAAAGCAAUCCAUCACAUGUAUAAUAUAUAUGUAUACAUAUAUAUAUAUAUAUACACACAUGAGAUCUAUUACUUUUUCAGUGCUUACUAUUUUAUUGUUCAUACGGUGGUACUCAGAUUUUUUUAUUUUAUUUCCUGUGAAGCUGUUAACAGAUAUUAAAGUUGCACAUGUUACUUAACACAUUAGUUAUAUUAGCUUCUGUCACUGGAGUUAUUUUUCUUCAUAAAGGAAAGAGUCUAACAUUUGGUAAAUAUGCAACAUUCCUAUGUAUUGCACUGAUGGCGAAUUCUAUGUCAUGUAAAUAUAUUUAGUGAUAUAUUGUACAAAAGUCUACUUUUUCUUCAAUGUCCAUAAAGUAUGUGCAAAUGUGUUAAGAAAUCUGUGCAGUAAGUUUCCCCUUUAACACCAGAAUGCGAAUAUAUGUCAUUUCUGAGGAUUUUUAUAGUUGAAGUGUCAAGUUCAAGUGACCUAGUGCUCGUCAUGUGGUUUGAAUCUACAAAAAAGGAAGAAAAAAGUAUCCUGAAAUAGCCUUAAUGAGAUGUUUGUGGUCAGUUGUGUCCAGUGUGGCUGUCUCAUAGACCUCAUAGAGAUUCUAUUAUUUAAGAAAAAGAAAGCAUUCACUGGGAGUUUUCUUUUCCUUUUGCUGCUCUUCACAUCAUUUGCUGUGUUCAUACUCCAGUGUGGUCACCAGUGCAGCCAUCCAAUAUUAGAUAACAUCUUGAAAGAGUCACUCCACUGAUUGAGCAUUCCAUUACAACCGUCACACUCUUGAUGGACAGUUUUAAAAAGAAACUGAAUGAAAUUGUUGAUGUUUUGAA